UGUUCAUUGCGUUCAAGCUGGUGAAGUUAAGUAUACCAACAGAUUAUUCAGAGAAUUUAAAGAAAUAUUCUACAUUCUUUGGCUAUUUACAUAGUUGAUCGCUCAGCUCAAAAUUUUUUGUUAUUUUUACCCCCAUUAAUUGCAUCCUCCGGAGUCUGGACUACAUCAAUAAUUUUCCGUUUAUUGUAUUAUUUUUCAAACAAAUUUUUUAUUCCUUUAUCGUGAACUACGUAUUUAGGUAAUGAGCCCAUAAGUGACACACAGUUUCACCACACAAAAGAAGAAAAGAACAAAAGCCUAUCGUUUAUUGAACCCUGUAAUACUUUCUGUGCCAGUAUCAGUGUGUUUUUUGAUUAGGCUUUGUCUUUCAAAAAAAGACUUUUGACUUUAAAUUGUGCUCACUUGAAGAUGGGUGGUUUUGUCUUGAGAGUGAAAACUAAGUCUGGACAGAAAAUCGUCGAAAGCCUCACUCCGCAGGACACUCUGAGCAAGCUAAAGCACAAAUUGUCAGAGCUCACCGGAGUGCAGAGUAAUUUUAUACAUGUUCUGCGAGGUUACCCUCCCCAAGCUAUUGAUAUGAGCAAUAGCAGUGCAACGCUACAGGAUAGCAACAUCUUGUCCGGAGAGACUCUAAUUGUUGAAGAGAAACAGGUUACAAAUACCACAACUGAAGUCGAAGUUGAAGAUAACACUGCCAGAGCUCAUAUUACUGAUUCAGCUAACUUUGAUGAAGACUGCCCUGGUAUUCUCAUGAAAAUGGUCGUACCAUCUGAUAAUUCAUGUCUGUUCACGAGUAUUGGAUUUGUGUUUAGUGGCAAGGUGGAUCCAUCCUGUGCACCAGAUAUGCGAGAAAUCGUCGUCAACGAGUUGCAAAGCGAUCCUGAGUUAUACAACGAAAGCUUUUUAGGCAAGCCAAACAAAGAAUAUUGCGAUUGGCUGAGACAGCCAAGUAGCUGGGGUGGAGCUAUCGAGUUGUCCAUACUGUCAAAACAUUAUGGAUUAGAAAUUGCAGUCUGCAACAGCACCUCAGGUAAUAUUCAACGUUAUGGUGAGGAUAAAAACUACGGCCAGCGAGUCUUUCUCAUUUUUGAUGGCAUUCACUACGACCCUUUGUACCUUGAGUCCAUUGAUGGUGGUAAAAUACAGUCAAUUUUUCUCGCGGACAACGAGACAGUGUAUGUCCAAGCCUUGAGUCUCGCCCAGGAGGCGCAAUCUAGUCAUCAAUUUACGGACGUAAAUAGGUUCACGCUCAAGUGUAUUGAUUGCGAUGUCAAGCUCAGUGGCUCCGAAGCAGCUCAGAAGCACGCAAAGGAGACUGGACACCGGAAAUUUGGUGAAGUGAUUGGAUGAAUUGAUGUGCUUAUAGGCUCGUCUCUGGACUUUCAUGUUUUAUUAUGAUUUGUGUUUAAAUGCUUUAACAGAAAUGAGAGGUGAGCCUCAAUAAUUGCUUGAAAAGUAAACAUUAUGGCUUUUUCUAAUUAGGUAUUAUUUCUUGAUGAAGUUGUGAUAAAAUUGAACAAAAUUAAUGCUUAAAAUUUAUUAAAUUAUACAAAUUAAUAUUACGAUUUAUGUUUGAUACACAUACCAAUUUGUGUAUUUUUUAACUUUAUCUGUAGCAGUCAGGCUUUUAGUUACUGAAUGCAGAUAAAUAGUGAUUAGUCAAAUAAAAUUUCAAGUAAAUAUUUGUUGCAGUUUUUUUUAAAAAGCAUUUUUGAAUGAUCAUACACAUAUGAAUAAACAUAUGAAAUUAUGGUGUAGCAAAAUAAAAUGAGAUUAUAUUAUGAUAUUGUUUGAUUCCAAGAACAGCUAAUAAUACAAUAAAUAAUGACAAGUACUAAGGGCUAUGCUGUUCAAAUUGACUUUAUUUUAAAAAACGAC